GACCACAGUCCAUGCCAUCACUGCCACCCAGAAGACUGUGGAUGGCCCUUCUGGGAAGUUGUGGCGUGAUGGUCGCGGGGCUCUCCAGAACAUCAUCCCUGCCUCAACUGGUGCAGCCAAGGCUGUGGGCAAGGUCAUCCCUGAGCUGAAUGGGAAGCUUACUGGCAUGGCUUUCCGUGUCCCCACUGCCAACGUGUCAGUUGUGGAUCUUACCUGCCGUCUGGAGAAGGCUGCCAAAUAUGAUGAUAUCAAGAAGGUGGUGAAGCAGGCAUCAGAGGGCCCCCUCAAGGGCAUCCUGGGUUACACCGAGCACCAGGUCGUCUCCUCUGACUUCAACAGUGACAGCCAUUCUUCCACCUUUGAUGCUGGGGCAGGCAUUGCCCUCAAUGACCACUUUGUCAAGCUCAUUGCCUGCAACAGGGUGGUGGAUCUUAUGGCCCACAUGGCCUCCAAGGAGUAA